AUGAAACUAAGUACUUAUAAUGAAGCGCAGUAAUUCCUAUAAACAAUACAAUAAUAUUUUAAAGACUCUUUGUAUCUUUAGCACUCUUUAAACUAUUUAUAAAAAUGCAAUUUGAGCUCCUUAAGGUAAAUGAAGAAGAGCCUAUCUUUUAAAAACAAAAGUUUCAGAAAAAUCAGAAAAUUUUUAAUGCCUAAAGAGUGGGGGUAAGGAAAUUCAAACAGUGCUAAAUAAAAUAAAUUUAAAAAUAAAAUAGGUGAAAACUCUUAGAUCAAAUGUAUUUAAAUUGGUUUUUUCAUCCGAAAAACAAAAUUUAAUUCUAUAAAAUAAUUAAAAAUUGUAGGAUUAGCUGUUAAUUUUUUUGUGCCUAAUUUUUAUUGUCCAUUUUUCAUUCCUUUAUUAAAAAAAAUGAAAUCAAUUCAAUAUUGA